AUGACUCAGGCGCUGUUUGGACACGGAUGCUUCCAGGCAUACCUGCUGAGGAUGCAUCGCGUCGCAGACGGGUCAUGCGUAUACUGCGGCCAUCUCGUCGACGACGACGCCGCCCACACUAUAUUCACUUGUCCGCAGUGGGACAACGAACGGGAAGUCAUGCGGCCUUACAUCAACGGACGCCUACCAACGCCGGAGAAUGUCAUCGAUCUCCUCUGUGGCCCUGUCGGCAUGGAGAACACCGGCGUCAACAUACAGACUGCAUUCCACAGGGCCCGCAGUAGAUUCUGUAAUAUGGUUGAACGUAUUCUCUCCAACAAGGAGAAGGAUGAAAGGGAUAGACAGGCGUAG